GCGUUAGCCUUGUAGAUGCUGACGGUUAUCGUGUGCGUGUGUUGCAGCCCUACUUUUAUAGCUGGCCUCCGUUAACCCUACCUAUGGUUACGUUUAUACGUGUAAGACGUUCCCUUUAGUUGGUGUCACCGGUUGUUCUCGAAUGGUCUAAAACUGCAGUAAGGAGGACGCUGUUACCAAGGCCUGAAAGUAGUCGCGUGCUAUGAUCCUUGUGACGACACCUGGCCCCGUCCCCAGGAAGCGAGGCCUCUGUGAAGCGAGGCUAGUGGGACCACUAAAUUCGCCAGUUUACCUCUUAGAAGCCACCGCCAGUUAGCAUGGAGAAGAAGCAACAGUCUCAGCAGCAGCCACGGCAAGUGGCCACUAUUCAAGUCCCAUCGGGCUGCGAUGUGGUGCAGUUGUGCAAGCAGCUGCAGGAGAUACGUGCCCAGCUUGCCAAGGCCAGGGCCAAGGCGCAGCUAGAUGGCACUGUUCAGGACAAAGCAGCCGCAAAACUGGAUGAAGUGUGCGAGCUAUUGAAGCAAGAAAACCAGGACGACAAUUAUAAUUUCCCGAAAGUUGAAACUGAGAACAGUGUUUCGACGAUGACUGAGCACGUGGCCGUGGAAGCAGUUGCCAACAGGGCAGCUUGCGGUCCGUCGGUGUGCGCCGCGAACGAAACAGUGGGGCACAUAGAGGAGCCCAACCCGCUGCAGCUCAUAAUCGAUGGAGCUAACCUCGACGUAGCCUGCGAGACAGUCUCGACCACUGAAGACUUGGACAGCGACGCCGCGGAUAGGCAGCCAUCUGUGAUAGUUGGUGGAACAAGUGAGCGUGAAACAUGCGAGCUCCCCCCACAAAGACGACCACUGCUACGCUGUCGACUUUGCCUAGCGGUGUGCAAGUACUGUCGGCCAGGGAGCUUACGAAUGCAUCCGUCAUCCUGGGUUCGGAAAAGAGGCCCGCUCCCGCCGGCACCGAGAUUCCCGAAGGGAAGAAGGUGAAAAUUAUUCCUUCCGUCGCCUCCUCCGAAGCGGCGCCCAAGGGUCAAGUGAUCGUGGCCGGAUCCCGCUUGCCGGCGGGUACAGCGGGUCCCGUGAUUGUGCGUAGGUGCAUUCUGCAGCCUUCCGGGAGCACCACACCGCAGGGGCUUAAAACAUCGCCGGUGCCCGUCGCUAGCCAAUCUAGAGUCACCAUGUUGGUGAAAGCCAAAGAUGUAGGGAAGCCUAUUUGCAUGCCGAUUCGCACCUUCAACCAGCAGAGUGGUGGGCCUCUUUCGAAAACAUCGCCGCAGAAACUCACCAUCGUACACAUGAAGGUCCUGCGGCAGCCACCACAAACUUCUAAAGAAGAGCCUAUAGUAAAGCCAUCGAAGCCACAGAUGAUGACCUCCAAGGCGUGCCAGACGACCAGAAUCUAUAGGAGCCGAGGCCGGAAAAAGGUAGAGGAGGUUGAACAAGAACCCUGCACUGCGCUUGUGAAGACAUUCCCACAGCCGCAAAAGAAGGGACGCAGGAAACGCAAGAACGCCAUAACUACCCAGUGCGUCGUGUUCUGCUGCGAGGCGUGCGGCGACGCGUUCUCGGCGGCCAAGCACCUGCACCGGCACUGGCAGACAACGCACCGGAAGAAGCCGCUGGGCAAACACAAGUGCUCCUUUUGCAAUUACACCAGCGACAGAAAGGCCCACGUCAAGAUGCACGAGCGGACUCACACCGGCGAGCGGCCAUUUUCCUGCUACAUCUGCCAGAAGGGAUUCUACCGGGCAGACGAUGUUGAGACGCACAUGCGUGUGCACACCAAGGAAAAGCCGUACGAGUGCGAAGAGUGUGGUCAGCGCUUCAACGUCGCGUCCAAUCUGAACCGCCACAGGAAGCUCCACACCGACGAUGCCGAGAUGCACGCCUGUGCAGAGUGCGGUAAGACAUUCAACCAAAAGGUGCACCUCAAGUCCCACAUGCGGACGCACACGGGUGAGCGCCCCUACCAGUGCAGUCAGUGCAACCAGCGCUUCACCGAGAUGGGCAGCGUCAGGAAGCACGAGAAAAUGUUGCACGCGGGUGAGUACCCGCAUUACUGCCCACAUUGCGGCAAGGGGCUCGCCAACAACUACAAGCUUGAAGUUGCACCUCCGUGCUCGCCACUUUCAAUUCAAGAUGGAGGACAGUGACGAGGAAGGCGAGAACGUGACGCAGACGGUAAAGACGGAGUAAGAGAGUUCGAAGAUCCAUAGCGUUCGGCAACCGAAUGGUGUGUGGUAAGAAGUGCUCGGUGCUGCACGUGCACAAAGCGAGGAGCCAAGUUCGACUUCGCUCUCCGGUGUUCACAGGCUUGCGUGUGCAUGGCGCCGCCAACUGGCGAUUCGGCAAGGGCCUGCACUUUCGAGGCUGAGGUCUUUUAAAAGGCUAAUGCCCUGUGAGAGUGAUGCUCAAAAGGAAAGAGCAUUUGGGCGGACACUUUCCCUCUUGUGCCUAAGCUGGCAUAAAGGGCUUGGCAAACAGUUGAAAAACCAUUAUGCCUGCUUCAUUUGCUAUACAGAUAUUUCUGCUCUAAAGGAAUAGCAACGUAAACUCAGAGCAGGAAGGACUGCAAGUGUUACCUCGAAAAUUAUAAAUGCAGUGCUGGCGUGAUUACGCUAACGCAAGACAGCGUGCCAAACUUGAAGUUAUGAAGCAGACGCAGAUGGCAGUGCUUCUGAAAUGUAGAAGCAGAAUCAACGCCCUGACUAACAAAACACCUGCGAAGGUAGCACUGAUGUGUAAUCAGUCCAACUGAAUUUUCCUUUGUGUUUACCAUGAAAAGGUGCAUACGAAGGGAACAGUAGGUUUUUAAAGAUCGGAAAGAGCAUAUACCAUGGUUCCAUGCUUGAAUCGCAUGUGCCUACCCUGCACUCCAGCAACUUCAGCAACCUGAAUGUAGCCUGUAUUUUCACACAAACUUUGUGAAGAACUUACAGAAGGAACACUUGUGUAUAUGGAAAUAAGCUCCGGCAACAGUAACCGCUGGAAAUAACCACCAGCAAAUAAACAAAUUUUCAUGCAAACUGUUAAAGCUGUGCUUAAGGGUGGGGAAGUGAAAUAAGACUUCAUCACCAAGCCAGAAAUUUUUUAGUGGAGUGUUUGUGACUUUUCAUCUUGUGUGAGAUGAUCCACAAACUGAGAAGAAAUUACACGUGGAGGAGGAGGAACUUGUUUACCCGUCUUGGAUAUACAGUUAAACCUGCUUAUAACGAACCUCCUAUAACAAAUUCCUCAAUAUAAUGUUUUUAUAUUCCCCGCCGUUACUCCAUAGAAACACAUGUAUUUGUGACCUCUAUGUAACAA